UUGGAAGAACAAAUUAAUAGGAGAUAACUAUUACAUCCCUGCUAAGUAAUGGUGAUAGUUAACUGACUAACUAACUAACUAGUUCGUUAGUUAAGCAUCUAUAAUUAGUUAACUAGUUAGCAUAACUAGUUAAUCAGUGAAAAAAAAAGAAGUAUUACUAAUAUAUCAACCAAUCAAAGUGCGACUAAUGGUGCUGACGGUUUCCGGAUGCAGUGCCAGCCAAUCGGCAGUGCGUAAAAGACGCUUAUUCGCAGGUGGUGCCUAAUAAAGUUAGAGCGCCAAGAAUUGACAAUGCGCUAUUCCGCAAGCGGCAGAGGAAGUCGGCUGCUCCCCCCACAGCAGAAUCACCUCAUCUGAUCUGAUCGAUUCGGAUCUGCUGAUCAGGAGACUUCGCUAUCUCCUUGUAUUCCCUGUAUUUUAACAUGACGAUCAGACAUGAGGGAAUAAUGGUAAGAAGAAUAUCUUCUCCCCGCCUACUGCCGACAGAUCCCCGAUCGAGCAGUGUAAUGAUCCUGAUGUUCGUGCGGUGGAUGUAGAUGCUAGAUUGAUAACCGGCGAAGCGUUCUGGACUUGAUUGAUAGGCAGCGCAUUAGCGGGCUUCGUAGCGUUCCUUGACAAGGGAAUCGAAUGAUAAUAAAGGCUUCUUCUUUUCCCUGCGUUAAUUCCUCCAUCACUCAUCAUCAUCAUCAUCAUCAUCAUAUCUUAUCCCCGAACUCUAUCCGUCACAUGAGUUGAGGCUUUUUUUUUUCUUUCUCUUCAACUUUCAUUUCCUUUCUGUCUUCAUCGUUUUCGUUUUCACACUCGCUCGUCCUUCCCCAUACUCCAUCCGCGCCAAGAUCCCUCUCUGAUCCUUCUCCUCCCCUUUUUAUCUGAUCAUCCCUGCAUUCCUCCAUCAUCCGACAGGAUUCCGACAUCGCCACCGCGUGCAUGCCUUUUGUCUGGAUUCCUUUCGGUUGCUGAGCCGAACUACGUGGCGUUCUGGAGAGGUUCUUUUCUCUUCUGCGCCUUUUUUGUCUCUUCCUCGCUGCAAGAAGAGAAGAACAGAAGUUAUAUCCGACAGACUUUUCCUAAUUUGCUUACCGAUUUCGUGCUGCUUACUGGCUCCUGCGGUGUCAGUACUGCACUUCCAUCUUAUCUGACUGUGAUACUGGCUGCACCACGUUCCUCCUGGCUACUGUGGCGUGCAACGUGACUUUCCGUCCCUUUGCCUUUUCUUUUUCCUUUCGUCUUGUCCUCCUCCUCCUCGAUACACUCCUUUCUCGCUUCACCGCUACAUCCUCUGAACAACUGACGGACAAAACGAUCCGCGACAUCCAACGGUGGCGAUGCUGGCCUCCAUACCCCAGAUGGAAACCGCCCAGUCUUUCCCGCGGAAUUCAGAUACCCUCAUGAAACAACCGUCUGCGGAGGACCUCGAUGCUGCCCAGCAGCUGGUAUCUUCAGCUCAGGCGGGUCGCGAACACUCGGUAGAUCGUUCUCGAGAUGAUGCAGGUGCUAGAACGGCCGACGCGGACACCAACGCACCAGAUGGACCAACGAAUACGUCGCGAGAGGCGCCCAAGGCAGAGAGUACGGGUGAGAAAACGCCUUCUAAGUCUCAGAAGGAUACCUCCUUCUUGGGACAUUCGUGCAGCAACUGCGGAACCAAGAGCACACCUCUCUGGCGGAGAUCGCCCACCGGGGCUAUGAUUUGCAACGCUUGUGGUCUCUAUCUGAAGGCCCGGAACGUCGCUCGCCCUACCAAGCGCAACCGUGCACAACCCGCCUCGGCUACCAAUGAGUCGUCGGGCGUCUCGUCCGCUUCUCCCCAGGAUUCGAUGGAGGCAUCUGGUGAAGGAUGCCACGGCAAGGGUUCCUGUCCCGGAGGCGGGAACUGCAAUGGAACCGGUGGUGCGGAUGGUUGCGACGGAUGUCCCGCUUAUAACAAUCGUGUAUACAAGUCCAUACCCCGAGGAAGCGGAGUCGCUCACUCGUCGUGGGGUCAUUCUGCCAGCCCGGAAAGCGAUAAGCCUGCGCCAUCACAGGAACAUGAUUCCCCGCGCGAUGCCGCUCCUGCUGAAGGAGAUGCUUUGCUGGUCUCGUGCCAGAAUUGUGGGACGACCGUGACGCCUCUUUGGCGACGAGACGAGAAUGGUCAUCCCAUCUGCAAUGCUUGUGGGUUGUAUUACAAACUUCACGGUUGCUACCGUCCCAGCACCAUGAAGAAGACAAUCAUCAAGCGGCGCAAACGCGUCGUACCCGCAGUACGGGACCAGUCGCCAACCAGUGCCACUCGUUCGUCUAACGGUUCAUCUGCCUCGCCCGAGGCAUCACCCGCCGUACUACCACAUCUCCAGGAUGACUACAGAUAUACAAAUGCAGAACCAGUGCAGGCAGACCGUAUCUCACCGCAAGCAGCCCGCCGGCCGCUCACAUUUGCACCGCCUCCGGUUGAUUUUACCGGCUACGCCGCGGGAUCACUUUCUCUGCCACACCAUGCGCCCCCGCCUCCUCCAAGGCUAUUGGAGCCGGAGAACAUCAACAUGUCGUCCCAUUCACCCGGCUUGGAGUUUUGUCGGCGAUCGAUGUCGCCCAAUCAGACCGGGAACCUGAACCCCAAAAAGCGAUCUCUAGCGGAAGUGGCUUCGUCGGCGGAUGCUCUGACAAUCCCGACGUCUCUGGGAUCUGGGUCCAAUCAACUGCCUCCCAUCAUGUCGUCGGCCAAUCCGUCGCCACCGGCUAGACUGAGUUCCAUUUCUACUAUAUUGAACAAUGCGGGCAAGCACGACGACCCUCGUCUGGACCCGUCGUUAGUGGCACUCAGCCGGCAGCAGCAGCAUCAGCAUCAUCCACACCAGGCUCCACAGCCGCUGCCCAGCGUGAGUGAGCUGGACAAUUAUAAAUCUGAACGGCGUGCGCAGCUCCAACGCGAGGCGGAGGAGAUGAGAGAGGCUCUUCGGGCGAAGGAGAGAGAGCUGGCUCAAUUGAACAGUUGAUUUAUAUCUUGUAUUGUUGUAAUGUUUUAAAUUUUGUAAUAUUUUUUCUUUCUUUUUCUUUUCACUUUCGUUUGUCUCCUUGGCCUUCGGAUUACAGCGCAGCGCAGGUUCUUUUGUUGGAGAUACCACUGGGUCGGCUGAUUGAAGCAAAAUGUAUGGAUAGGAGUACUAAUGGCGUAUAAAAUAAAGUGUCCUAGAACUUGGCAGAUUGGCGAUGUCAUGAUUACAGUAGACUACGGAGUAGUUCUAUGAAACGAGGACACCUGCGAAUAAACUGAACACACCCUUCAAAACACAUACGAAGAAGAAAAGAAGAAAUGCAACCGAGAACCUUCACCCUCAACUUCAUCGGCGACGUGAUGCUGGGCCGUC